GUUUACGCUAGGACCAGCAAGAAUGAACUUUCUAAAACAUUUCUUUACCAAAUUCAAUUGUUAAAUUCAGUCAUAGCCAUCAUGUCUGAAGAACAGAAAGAACAAGUUCAAACUGCUCCCGUAGAGAACCAGGCACCUCAAGAGGCUGUCGCAAAGCCUACUGAAAAUGUUUCUGAAAAAGUUGAGUCUUUUGAUGAAAAUGGUGUUUUGAAGCAAGUCGAAUUUUAUUUCUCUGACUCCAAUUUACCUCGUGACAAAUUCUUGUGGACUGUUUCUCAAAAAAAUGACGGUUGGGUCCCUAUCGAAACAAUUGCUUCCUUCAAACGUAUGCGUCGUUAUCAGCCUUUAGAAGCCGUUGUCGCUGCUUUACGCAAGAGCCCAGAAUUGCUUGAAGUCGAUGAAGCCGGUGAAAAGGUUCGUCGUAAGGUUCCUAUUGUCCGCCCCGACCCUUCUGCUAUACAACGUUCCAUGGAAAGCAGUGUAUAUGCUAAGGGCUUCGGUGAGGAACAAGAGGAUACUCAAAUUGCCUUGGAAAACUUCUUCCAACAAGAAGGUGGUGAAAUUGCUUCCCUUCGUUUGCGCCGUGAUGAGGAUAACAAAUUCAAGGGAAGUGUUUUCGUGGAAUUCAAAACUCCCGAAAUUGCUAAAGAAUUUUUGGAAAAGGUCAAGGGAUCUCCCUUAAAACACAAUGAAACAGAAUUAACUGUCAUGUCCAAGAAGGAAUACGUGGAUAUGAAGGCCGAGCAACAUCGAAAUGAUCCCCCUAAGCCUGGCAAUAAGCGUAGACGCUUCGACGCCUUCAAGAUGAUGGAUCGUGAGCAAUCUCAGAAGCGUGGUCCCAAGAGAGGAAGAACUACCAGGGGAUCCGCCAAGGAAUCCAAGAAGCAGGAAAGCCAAGAAAAGCAGGAUGGCCAAGAGAAGCAAGAAGAGCCUCAAGGUAGUGAAGUACCAAAGAAGUCUGAAGAUACCAACGAGACUGAGAAGUCAAAUGAACAACCCAAGCCUGAAGGUGAGACUGCAGCAGCUACCGGCGAAAAGGAAGAAACUGCUCCUGCUUCCACAAACUAAAAAUAAUUAAAAGUGAUUUUAUUAACAGUUUGGAAUAAUUCAUUUUGAGGAAUAAAAUGGUUAGUAUGGGA